CACGUCUACGGAUAAAAACAGUGGCCUCUAUUUCCUACGCCACGUCUGCCUCUUUGCAAACACACUCCAUUUUCAUUUUCUACCAUUUUUCCUGCUAUCCAAACGCCUUCAGUUUCCUCCCUCGACUGCUAGCAACUUGUACAUGUCGGUUAAAUUUCAUCACCACAGCUUCGUAACUUCUAGCAGGUCUUCAAAUCCAUGGCUUUCAUGGAAUUCGUUUGGAUCUCAUGUUUCUUGCAAAAGAGUGGCUAACUUGGAUUAUCUGUUGAUGAAUUGGGGUACUUUAAGGAAGAAAUAUCUUAUAAGGCAGAGUUCAUCAGAUAACCACAGGCUGUUAGGUUAUAGAAGACAUUAUUCAGCCUUUUGUAAAUCAAGACGGGCAGGAAUCGGUUUUCCUCUAGCAUCAGCUGAAGAUGGUGUCACAGUCAAUGAGAGUCCGCAAGCCAGUACAAGUACAGAUGUAGAUGAGAUAAGGGUCCAACUGAAUCAAUCACUGCAUGGUGAGGAUCAUAGUAAUGGACUUGUUCAAUCUUUACAUGAUGCAGCUCGGGCUUUUGAGCUAGCAAUCAAAGAACAAAGCUCAUUAUCAAAGUUGACUUGGUUUUCGACAGCAUGGCUUGGUGUAGAUAGGAAUGCAUGGGUGAAAACACUCUCUUACCAGGCUGCUGUUUAUUCUCUACUGCAAGCUGCAAGCGAGAUUUCGUCCCGAGGCGAUAGUCGAGAUAGGGAUGUAAAUGUUUUUGUCCAAAGAAGUUUGUUGCGUCAAUCUGCUCCCUUGGAGAGCUUAAUCAGGGAGAAACUAUCAACCAAGCAACCUGAAGCAUAUGACUUGUUUUGGACUGAUAAAGUUCCUGCUGCAGUGAUCUCUUUCGUAAAUUAUUUUGAAGGAGACCCGCGAUUCACUGCUGCCACUGACGUGUGUGGGAAAGGCAAGUCCUUGGGUGUAGGAAGUGCAAGUGACAAAGCUCUUCUCAUGCUUGCUCUGACUUGUGUUGCUGCAAUCACAAAACUUGGUCCUACUAAAAUUUCCUGUGCCCACUUCUUUUCUAUGAUUCCAGACAUAACUGGUAGAUUGAUGGAUAUGCUGGUUGAUUUUGUUCCCAUACGCCAAGCGUAUAAUUCUAUAAAGGAUUUUGGUCUACACAGAGAAUUUCUUGUCCAUUUUGGUCCCCGAGCUGCAGCUUGCAGAGUGGAAAAUGAUCAAGAUUCAGAGGAGGUUAUUUUCUGGGUUGAUCUUGUACAGAAGCAGCUACAGCAAGCUAUAGAUAGAGAGAAAAUAUGGUCAAGGCUAACAACAUCUGAAAGCAUUGAGGUCUUGGAAAGGGAUUUGACCAUAUUUGGCUUCUUUAUUGCCUUAGGCAGAAAUACACAGGCUUUUUUAUCUGCUAAUGGAUUUGAAGUUAUAGAUGAUCCUAUUGAAGGCUUUAUUAGGUACCUUAUUGGUGGCAGCGUUUUGUAUUAUCCUCAACUUUCAUCUAUAAGUUCUUAUCAACUGUAUGUAGAGGUUGUGUGUGAAGAGCUGGAAUGGCUUCCUUUUUAUCCUGGAAUUGUUAGUGCGUCAAAACAGUUUCAUGGACAUAAAAGUGCACGAGAAGGUCCACCUAACAUUAAAGCUAUUCCCCAAGCAUUGGAUGUUUGUUCUCAUUGGAUGCAGAGCUUUAUUAAAUACAGUAGAUGGCUGGAAAUUCCUUAUAACGUUAAGGCUGCAAGGUUCCUUUCUAGAGGGCACAAUAAGUUGAUGGUAUGCAUGGAAGAACUCGGGAUACCAACAAGGGAAAUCGUUGAGACUAGUCUUGUUGGUAGAACUGGAUUAGCAAUUGAGAAAGAAUCAGAUUCGUUUGAUAAGGCAUUAGAGAGUGUUGAAGAAGCUCUGAAAAGGCUGGAAAACUUGCUUCAAGAGUUGCAUGUUUCAAGUUCAUCGGCCGGGAAAGAGCAAUUACAAGCUGCUUGUUCUGACCUGGAGAGAAUAAGGAAGCUAAAGAAAGAAGCUGAAUUUUUGGAGGCAUCUUUCAGAGCGAAAGAAGCUUUCCUUCGACAGGAAGAGGGUGAUGGGAGUUCUCAAUCCUCUGUCAGUGAGCAGCAGCAGUAUCCAAAGGCAAAAGCCAGAAAGAGUGCUAUGGUAACAAAUGAUAGAAGCAGCAGAGUUGUCAAUAAAUCUCGUGGGUUAUGGAGCUUCAUACACCCUUCAACGCGGAAGCCUGAUACCGAGUCAUCAGCUCUUGAAAAAUCGGGAAAUGAAUUUGUUGAGCAGAAUGCUUCUAAUAUUGGUGGUGAACCAAAUGAAAUCCGCCGCUUUGAACAAUUAAGGAAUGAACUGAUUGAGCUUGAGAAACGUGUUACAACAAGUGCUCAGUCAGCAUAUGAGGAGGAUAUUAAGGUUACAGAUGGUUAUCCUGGCUCUAUUAAUGAUGCUGGCCAUGCUCAAGUGGUUGAGGUUCAGAAGAAGGAAAGUAUUAUUGAAAAAUCAUUGGUGAAGAUAAAAGAAACAAGCACGGAUGUCUUGCAAGGAUCUCAGCUUCUAGCCAUUGAUGUUGCGGCUGCAGUGGAGUUGCUUGGAAGGGCUCUGAUAGGGGAUGAAUUAGCAGAGAAAGAAAAGAAAUCCCUCCGCAGAACCCUAACUGAUUUAGCAUCAGUUGUUCCAAUUGGUUUUUUGAUGCUUCUUCCUGUUACUGCUGUUGGGCAUGCAGCCAUUUUGGCUGCCAUUCAAAGAUAUGUCCCGUCCCUGAUACCAUCCACAUAUGGAUCUGAAAGGUUAGAUCUCUUGAGGCAGCUUGAGAAAGUGAAGGAAUUGGAAACCAGUGAAGCCGACUCUGAAGAAAAUAUAGAGCAAGUAGCCUGAAUAGCAGUGGAGAUCUUGUACAGUCUUCAAAAUUGAAACAAUUCUCCCCAUAUAUGGUAACACAGAUGGCUUCAAUUUAUUUGUUUUUGUUUUGUUCUGUUGGUCCUCCGUCGCAGUUUGGGGAUUACCUCUGUCAAGCCGAGAGAAUUUGAAGGAAAAAUGAUAAUAUUCUCUAUUGAUUUGAUUUACACGAGUAUGUAUACAAAAUACUAUAAACUCUACAAGGAAAUAAUAUGAAGUCUAAAGUCUAAUAUCUAAA